AUGGACAGCGACUCGGACACUCAGGUCGACAUCUCGUCCGCCCUCCUCGGCCCAUCCACCUCGCGCAAGCCCACAAAGACCGUGCGCACCAAACCCUCCACCUCGUCCAAGCCCGCACCAGCCGCAGCGACCGACUCGGGCGACGAAGGUGCCGAGGAUGCCUUGUUCGCCUCCCUCGCGUCCCUGCAGCACUCGAGGAACUUGUCCGAGGGAGCGGCGCUCGUGCGAAAGGGCAAGGAUGCGAAGCAGUCCAAGGGCUUGACAGGCGGCGGAUCCUUCCAGUCCCUCGGAUUGCCUCCCCUCCUCCUCAAAGCCCUCCUCCAGCGCGGGUUCACCACGCCGACUCCAAUCCAACGCCUCGCACUCCCCUCGAUCCUCGGCUCAACCGAAUCGAUCGUCACGGACAAAGGGAAGAAGAUCACUGUCGCGCGGGACCACCUCUGCAUGGCGCGCACAGGGUCCGGAAAGACCUUGUGCUACCUCCUCCCGCUCCUCGCGACACUCUGGACCCACUCGGACAAGUUUGGUGCGCGCGGAUUGAUCCUGGUCCCGACGCGCGAGUUGGCGUUGCAGGUGUUGAAGGUCGGGAAGGAUUUGGCGAGGGGCAUCAAGGGAGAGGGAGAGGCGUUGAGGUGGGCGAUGAUUGUGGGUGGAGAAGGGAUGGAGAGCCAAUUCGAGUUGAUGGCUGGGAACCCCGACAUCAUCAUCGCCACGCCCGGCCGAUUCCUCCACCUCCUCGUCGAGAUGUCCUACUCGCUCUCCUCGAUCCAGUCACUCAUAAUCGACGAAGCCGACCGACUCUUCGAACUCGGUUUCGCAGAACAACUCCACGAGAUCCUCCACCGCGUACCCGCAACUCGCCAGACCCUCCUCUUCUCCGCCACUCUCCCCUCCUCGCUCGUCGGGUUCGCGAAAGCCGGGUUGCAGAAUCCCAAGUUGAUCCGCCUCGACGUCGAUCAGAAGAUCAGCAAGGACCUCCGGAUGGCCUUUCUCGAAGUCAAGGCGAGUGAGAAGGAGGCCGUCUUGCUUGGGUUGUUGAGGGAGGUCGUCAGGGUGCCGGUUAUGACGGAGCAGCAGAGGGUGGAAGAGAAUGCGAGGGUCAAGAGGGAGAAUGAGGCGGUUAUGAAUGGCGAGGGGGAGCGGCGAGGUCAUUCGCAUGGGAGCGGCGGGCGAGGGAAGGGCAAGGGACGCGGGUUCGGCGACGACCGCGGGAAGAAGCGGAAGCGUGGGGCGGACGAGGACGACGACGAGAAGGACAAGGUCAACGGUGCCGAAGUCGCCCCGCACCAAACCGUCGUCUUUGUCUCGACCAAGCACCACGUCGAGUACAUCUCGUCCCUCCUCUCUGCCGCACACUACGCCGUCUCGUCCAUCUACGGCUCGAUGGACCAAACAGCGCGCAAGAUCGCCCUCUCCCGCUUCCGCUCGGGCCAGACUUCGAUCCUCGUCGUCACGGACCUCGCAGCGCGCGGUAUCGACGUCCCCGGGGUCGAGAACGUCGUCAAUUACGAUUUCCCGAACGGGACGAGGAACUUUGUGCAUCGGGUUGGAAGGACGGCGCGUGCGGGACGGACGGGUUGGGCGUAUACGUUCGUGACGAGUUCGGACGUGCCCUACUUGCUCGACCUCGAACUCUUCCUCUCCCGACCACUCAAGACCUGCCCUCUCGACUCGACCGACGCCUCAGGACCCGACUACUCCCACACCUUGAUCCUCGGUACCCCUCCACGCGCCUUGACCGACCUAGACCUCGAGACUCACCGCUCUCUCCUCACGCACCACCCACACCUCGAGAUCCUUCAGGGCGUCGCAGCGCGCGGACAGAAGAUGUAUGAGCGGGGACUGGGGAAGGCGAGUCCCGAGUCGUAUAGGCGUGCGAAGGAGAUGGCGCGCGCGAAGGCUGAGAGGGCGGCGAAGGCGGGACGAGGGGAGGUGGGCGCAGUGGGAGAAGAACAUCCGGUUUAUGAUGAGGUGGUUGGAGGAGCGUCGAGCGAGGAGGUUGGCAAGGUCAAGCAGACGGAGCGCGAGAGGGCGGACCUCCUCGCCAAGAUUAGUGGGUUCCGGCCGCCUGAGACGGUGUUCGAGGUGACGGCCAAGGGCAAGAACGGCGGUUCGGAAGGCUCGAUCGCGCAGCUGAUGAAGGAGCGCAGGAAGGCGAUCUUGAAGAGCGAGAGGGCGAGGGAGUUGGUCAAAGCUGUUGGGGAGGAGGAUCUGCCGGCGCUGCCUGAGGGCGCGGAGCGGGACGACGACGAGGAGAUGGAGGUUGCUGAGAUCGAGCAGCCGAAGCGGCCGGCCAAGGUUGACCUUGACGAGGCGGACGAGGAGGAACUCGAGGCCGUCUUUGGCAAGAAGCCGGCGAAGCGCGCCAAGCAGUCGGAAGGCGGGUCGGGCAAGUCCUGGCGCGAUGACCGCUUCUUCAUGGGCUACGAGCAGGAAGGCGCCGCGACCGAGGCUGGCUACGCCCUCACGAACGGAGAGUCGUUCGUCGCGCAGGCCGCCCACUCGACCUACGACAUCGCCGGCCACGGCGACACGGAAGGCACUCCCGCCGAGCUCCUCGCGCAGCGCGCCUCGACGCUCAAGUGGGACCGCAAGUCGAAGAAGUUCGUCCGGGCGGACCAGGUCGGCGCCGACAACAAGAAGCUCAUCCGCGGCGAGUCGGGCCAGCGCUUGCCUGCGUCAUUCAAGAGCGGCGUCUUUGACGAGUGGAGGAAGAACACGCGCAUCAGCGUUCCCCGCGUUGGAGACCAGGAGAUCAAGGGCCGGACGGUGCAGGGCGGCAAGCGCUUCCGUCACCAGGGUGCGGCGCCGAACGAGUCUUCCGAGGGCGGAGCGAGCGGCGGGAAGGGCAAGGCGGCGAAGCGGAGGGUUGGAAAGGCCGGCAAGCCUGGCAGCGCGCCGGGAGGGCUCAAGACUGCGGCCGAGAUUCGCAAGGAGCGUAUCGCCAAGGAGAAGCGCGUGCGCAGGUCGAAUCAGCCGAGCAAGAAGAACCCGAAGGGCAAGGCUGGACCGGCGAGCGGGUCGAUGGGCGGUGGUGGAGGUGGACGGAGGAAGUGA